AUUUGAUUUAAAAAAAAAAGUAAAAAAAAAAUUUCAAAUUUAUGACAUUUGAAAUUUAUAUAAUGUGCUGUGCACACCUCUGAAUAUUAGUUUCUAUUAGUAACUCAUAAUAACUUGUAAAUUAUUCAUUAAACUGUGUCUAUAUUUUUAUUUAUAAAACUCAUUCUUCUAGAAAAAUUGUGAUAAUUUUGAAAUACUCACAGUGAUAUUAUUUAAAGCCAAAUAUGUAUUUCUACAUUUUCUUCUUCUUCAUUCACACUUCAAUGGCAAAUUAUUACCAGGUGGUUUAUCCAAGUUCACAAACCAAGGAUUCCAAUUAUCAAUACAUACAAGUAACUCCAAAUGAAGCGACUGGAUAUGCAACUAAUCAAGUUAAUCAGCAAAAUAAUCAAAUUUCAAAUGCAGGAUUUCUCAUAAAUCAAAAUACGCCAGUGUAUACAGCAAUACCGAAUCCUAUAUAUUACAACAGUUUAUCGUAUUUAUUACAUUCAGAGGUUAUGCAAAGUAUUCCUUCCGUUUACAACAGUGGUACAAAAUACAUGAACAGUGGAUCAAAUGUAAAUACUGUUUAUCCGGAAAUCCUCAUUUUGGUCGAUAAUUCUCUAUUUAGCCAAUUUGGAAAUAAUAUUCAAAGAACAGUAAAAUACGUUUCAUCAUUUUGGAAACAAGUGGAUGUGAGAUUUGGACAAUUAAACACACCUAAUAUAUUAUUGAACAUUGCUGGAAUUGUUAUAUUUCAGGAAAAUUUGCCGUUCUCUAGUUAUGGAUAUGUUUACAACAGUGUAUUAGAUAAAUUUGGUAAAUUUUUAUUAACUCAAAAUAAAUUCAAAUUUCAAGUGGAUUACGAUAUAGCUGUUCUUAUGUUGGGAAAUAAUAUAAUGUACAAUGGUUAUAGCAGUGAUGUUGGUGGUGUAGCAUAUAUUGGUGGUGCUUGCAAACAAGAAUCAAAUAUGAUUUACAGCGCAGCAAUUAUAAAAGACAAUGGUGCAUAUAGUGGUGUAAUUUCUGCAACACAUGAAUUAGCUCACACACUUGGUGCUACUCACGAUGGUGAUUCCAAUCAACUAGGUCCAGGUUUCUUAGGAGCUAUUGAAUGUCCCGCAGUAUAUGGUUAUAUUAUGAGUCCCAUUUCAUUGGGUAAAAAUCAAUUUACAUUUUCAUCAUGUAGUCAACGUUCCAUCUCUUAUUUUUUAAAUCAAGAUACAGCAUAUUGCCUCCGUAAUUAUCCUGUUGCAAAAAAUUUAAAUUUGCAAUAUUCAAUAGUUGGCAAAUAAGUGUUAUUAUUUUAUUAAAUAGAAAUUAAAGGACGUUCAAUUCUAUGUUGAAACAACGAUUUUUAUUUUAACUUAAUAGAUAUGUUUUUUAUGUUAUUUAAAUAAUUAUUUAAUUAAUAUUUGUAUAUAUUUAAUUUAUGUAAAUAUGUGUAAUUUGGUUUCAGCUAUUUAAGCUGAAUUUAGGUAAUAUUUUUGAAUUGUAAUUGUAUAAAUGAAUAUGGAGUGUAAAAUAUUGUGGCUUUAUAGGUUAAUAACAGUUAUACCCAAAGUCAUAAUUAUUUAAUAGUAGGUUGACCAAUUUAUAGUACUUGAC